AUGGGUCUUCGUUGGGUCGCCAAGCGGGUGAUGGCCCAUAGAUACCAUACGCUGCCAUUGCUCGACACAAACCAACUCGUUUUGAAGGGAAUGCCCUUCGAAGGUACCAUACCGAGUCGAGACUACAUGGAGUACAUCACCGUCCGUCAGCAGACAGGCCGCAAUUUUUUUUCGCCCAGGAAACGCAUGCAAGGUCAUGUUCUUCCAUCUGUCUCGCCUUUCGAUAAUGUUCUGGCGCAUUGUAUGGCACGUUGGUUGCUGGUCGACUACAAGCUCAAUGCGUAUCCUUAUUUCGAUCUCAACAUCCUAACAGUAUACACCGAUCUGCCCCAAUCGCUGCGGUUCUCGCGGAUGAUCUUGAACUACUAUGAGCAAACGGUACCGCAAGAGCUGUACCAGCGCAUCAACUUUUUCUUGCUGCCGCUUCACAGCACGAAUGGCGUUAAAGUGGACGUGCCAGACCCUAAAAUAACAGUCAUGCAAGAUGGCAUGUUCUCCUACUCGCCUACUUUCCGCAUUGAAGACCCGGUGUACAUUAUGAUGGCCAAUGACGUCCUGCGACAUCUCUCCCAGGACUAUGUUCGCAGAUUACCAUCUCUUGAAUGGGAACAGCGUUAUUUCGACUUUCUUCCCGAUGGGAGUCGCAGUGAAAGAUUCAGUAGAGAAAUCGACUAUUGGUGCAACGUUACAUUAAAGAAUUUGGCAUCCGCAUUGGAAGCUAGCAAGGUGUCUGAAACUUAUAUCCCUACAAGACUUGUACAAUUGUUCACUCUGCUCGAGAAAUGUGCGCCUGAACAUAAACUCAUAGCCAUCGAUGCCGCUCAGCGCCAAAAACCAUCGUCAAUGUCGAGCAUUUUCCAAUCUUGGUUUGGCUCAGGUGCCAGACGCUUUAAAGCUUUCGAGCCAAACGGUCCCUCGGAUCCAUUGAGGUCCGAGGAGGCAACAUCUUUCGUCUCAGAUUUUUCUGAAGUACGCAAGAUAUAUGCAUCUGUCUAUGAUGGGACAAAAAUCUGCCAAUCUGAGGAACUUGCUGACUUUGCAGGGAACUGGCUUGACUUGGAGGAAAGCGAACAAAUCUUGGGCGACAAGGAUCUGGCUUUGAGAGCGCGUUGGAUGAAAAAUGCGGAUAUCGAUGUUCUCUAUAGCUGA